AUGUCUUCGAUAAAGAGUUAUCUUCUUAAUUUAAAUCUCCUUUCAUUAUCUAAUAACAAUCAUGCACAGAAAGCUGGACAACAACAACAACAACAUACUCGAUUGAAUAUAAUUUGUACACGAGUUUAUAUUUUAUUCAUUGUAAUGGUACUCUUUUGUACUGGUCUUUUUUUAUUUUUGGUCGGUCAAACGCAAUUAAUUCUCAUUCGGAAUCCAACAACAGAACAAUUUGAAGAACUUCCUCCGAACACUAAAUGUUCUUGUUCACAAAUUUCGAUUCCAUAUGGAAAAUUUACUUCACUUCAAGCAACUUUUCAUCAAGUUUGUUCAAGUGAUUUUGUUACUGAUCGGUGGAUUAAAGCAAUUAAUUUUGGUGAGAAUACCACUUAUUUCUCCACCUAUGACUUUCGUACAUAUGGUAGUGCUCAAUUUCAAGCACUGGCAGGAUUUUGUCGUUUGUCGAAAUCGAAUAGUGAACAAAGUAUUUCAUUUUUUAGUUUAAAGUCAUUAUUAAGUCCGGAAGUUCUGCCCGAAAAUGUUUUUCAAUCACAAACUCAAUCAUCAAUAGAUCAAUUUCAAUCACGAGCACCAAAUACUUUCAAUUCUCAACUAAGAUUAAUCCAUCAGAUGACAAUGAAUAAUGAAAUAACAUCUGGUUUGUCGAUCAAUUUCUAUUAUCGAUUUUCUGUUCAAUUCAGUGUUAUAUCGUAUGUCAUUAUACAAAAUGGAUAUUAUCAAAUAGAUGGUCCUGUAUGUUUUUGUGCUGCCGAUAUUUGUAAUGCAUCUCAGUCAGCAAUUCACAAUGUAUUUGCCGAAUCAAAUCAAAUAGAUAUAGGACAUGUCCUAUGGAUCUUACCGGGAAUAUCAUCAGGCUGUUUGCCAACACAAACGCUUCUUGUAUCCACACUCGAGUGUUUCUACAAUCAGACCUGUCUAGACAGACUUAUGUUUUAUAUUCCUACAAAUGAAAAUUUUCAAGCCAUGAAUAUACUUAAGUCAACAUUAUAUCAACCAAAUUCAACAGUCCAAUCAAUAGUAAAUAAUCUUAUGAUAGAAGAUUGGGCAAACAAUAUUUCCUAUGAGGAAUAUUACUCUGAAUGUUCACCAUCUUUAUGUACUUAUUUUCAAAUAUCUCGACGAAGUUUUAUUUUUAUAUUAACAAAACUGAUCAGUUUAUUGGCUAGUUUGGUUCUUAUUCUUGGCAUAGUGUUUUCACUUACUAUUCAACUUAUUCAAAGAUUCCAAGAUAAAACACCAAGACCAAAAACUUCAUUCUGUGUUCAUUUACGUCAAUGGAAAGUAUUAAUUCAGCAGAAAUUAAUUGAAUUGAAUAUGUUUCGGAAGUAUGCGAGUACUGACCGACAAACUCAAUAUCAACGUUACGCAACACGAUUUUAUUUCAUUUUAAUUAUUAUUUCAAUGGCAAUUAUAAUUCAUUAUAACGCCACAAAAAUAUCAAUUCAGUCAAAAACUAUUCAUAAUCCAAGCCAAUCUCAAUAUAUUGAACUUCAACAAGAAUAUUCUCGUACACUUUCAUGUUCAUGUUCGUCUAUUUUAAUGCUUUAUUCGAUCUUUAUUACCCUUCAGCCAUACUAUCAUCAAUUAUGCUCAAGUUAUUUGGUUUCCAAAGAAUGGAUAUAUUAUAUACGACAAAUUAACAAUACACAAGGCUUUAACGCUUUCGAUUUUCAAGCCACUGCUCCUUCUCAGUUCCUUUCAUUAUCAAUGUUUUGUCAACAAGCUAAACAAACUGUUGACGAAGCAAGUGAUAUCUUUCUGCAAACAAAAUUUAUUAGUUCACAAGUUAUUUCUCCACAAUCAUUUGAACUUCAAAUCAAUUCAUCGAUCGAAGAUUGGAAAUCAACAACGAUCAAUACAUUCAUAAGAACGAUUCAGUUAGUUCGUGUUACAACACAAGGUAAUCAACUGUCCAAUAAUCUCAAUUCCGUUACCUAUCGGGAUGCAAUCAAGAACAAAAUUAUCAGAGUACCAUUCGCCUAUUCCGAAUGUAACUGUGCUCUAUCUGCAUCAUGCCGUCACUCGAUCAGUUUGCCUUCUUCGAAUGAACCGUAUUUAAUUCCGAAUUUGUUUGCCGGUUGUUAUCUCAUUGAAGCAUUAUUUGCAUCAACAUUGGAAUGUUUUUAUAACAUAUCAUGUAUAUCGAAAAUUAAUGAUUUUUUCUCAUCUUCAUCAGAAACAUUUAAUUGUUCUCUUCUCGACGCAAAUUUGAAUGUUCCGAAUGAAACUAUUGAAACGAUCGUCCACCGAUUAAUGAUGGAUAACUGGAUAUCAAAUAUUUCGUUUACUUCAUAUUACAAUCAAUGUGCACCAUCAUUAUGUACGUAUCAAUAUGAAGACAGAAGUGCUUUCUAUGCCGUUAUCAGUGAUAUCGGUCUUAUUUAUGGUGGUUUGUCACUUGGGUUGAAGUUGAUUAUUCUCAUUGGACUUUACUUUAUUGAUCUAAUCAUUCAAAAUGAUUUCUUUCAUUCCAGCCUAUUACAAACAAUGAAGCAUAUAUUCAUCUGUAGAACUGAACAUCAGAUGAUUGAUCGAUUACAUUUAGUUUUAGUUGCGACCACUCUAUCAAUUCUCUAUACAUAUUCGGCUUUUACUUCUCAAAUAACAACUGUUCAGAUUCAAAAACCAUCAUUAUCUAUAUAUGAAAACUUAAUUCAACAAUCAUUUGAUUCACUUGAAUGUCCUUGUUCACAAAUCUCAAUUAAAUAUAAAACAUUCCUCAAUAUUACACCGAGUUUCCAUCCAAUUUGUUCAAGCAAUUUGAUUGCUAAGCUAACUAGUUCCGAACUUUUCUAUAAUUAUACUUAUACAAGAAUCGUUCCUUCGAGUGAUUUUCUCUAUUCGGCUAGUGCACAAUUUCAACUUCUUGCCUCGUUUUGUGAUUUAUCUCGAGAAACAGUUCUUAAUUUCUUGGUGGAACUAGGUACAAGUGAUUUGAUCAGCACACAACUUUCAUUAUCAACUGCAUUCAAUGAUCAAAUUCAACGAACGGUCAAUGAUUUUCAACUCACCAUGCCAGAAUUAUUUGUCAAUACUCUUUCAUUAAUUCGGGAAAUAACAGGAGCGAAUAUGUUAACGAAUACGUUAUCUACGAAUUGGAUCUUCGAUACUUCAUCUGGAAUCAUUAAUGGAUGGACUAUGCAUCAGAUACCAUUAAAUUAUGAUGGAUGUAGUUGUGCAGUAUCAUCAAAAUGUGUUUCUCCAUCUGGAGAAGGAAUGUUCGCAGGUUGUUAUCCGUUAGAAUCGAUUUUACAAUCAACACUUGCAUGUUUUUACAACCAAAACUGUCUGGAUCAACUGUUCGAUGGUACUGUAAUAAGAAAUAUUUCUGCAUUGACGUCAAGUCGUUUUUCAUCAAAUGCAACAUUUGAAUCGAUUGUCAACGAACUGAUGAUUGAAAAAUUAACGAGCAACAUGUCUUAUGAAUUGUAUUUUGAUGCAUGUGCACCAUUAUCCUGUGUUUAUUCAUAUGUGAACAAUAAUCAUGCCAUCGAAGCAACAACAACAUUGAUUGGCCUUUAUGGUGGCUUAGUUAUUAUCUGUCGAUUAAUUGCUAUUUUGAUUGUGAAAUAUAUUCUGCAUAGAAGACACAAAGUUACAACCGGUGCCUACGGCCAAUAG